AUGUCGCAAAUUGGUAAUGACAGUCGUCAAAACUGUGAGGAGUAUCUUCUUGACCACCAACAAUGUGGAGGACACUGUAAUGAAGAAGUGAAGGGCAUCUCAUCAAAAUGUAAAACUCUGUCUUCUCCCACCAGUGUUGGAGAUGUGAAUGAUGAUAAUGAAGAAGAAAGCCAUGAUUGUGGAGAUGAUGGGGAACAGGCUAGAGAAGAGGAAUCGAGUCCAUCUGAAACAGCAGGCAGUGAAAGGGAUGAAGCCAAAGCAGAGGCAGCUUGUGAUUCUGAGCCUGACAUUUUGGAUGAAUUCACAGCUUAUGAACAUGAUGUUCUGCUUAUUGAUGUGACCCAAGAUGACCCCGAGCUGUUUGAAAACUUGCCUAAGAAAAGUCUGCUGAAACUGGGUCCUAUGCGGGUCAGCGAGGCCCCUAAAACCAGACCUGCUGGAGUGAAGCAGAUGCUGUUGCCAAGGAUAGAUGGUGCAUCACUGAAGUUUGAACGAAGAUUAACACCAACUUACAGUCCUGAUAUCACAGAGGAGAGCAACAGCAGACCAUGGAGACCUCAAAGUAGAAGCAUCACUUUCAAAACACAAGACAACACAUGGCCUGCUGCAGACAAGCAAACCAGAAACAUGGCCCAGCCUGAUCCCAACAACAGUCAAGUCAGCAGAAGCCUGGAAAGGAGCCAGCCCGUCCUGACCGUGAACUCUGUGCAUAAUACCCCCCCACUUAUGACCAUAGGAAAUGCAAACAUGGCAGAGUUUAGACGCCAGAAGUUUAAUUACUGCAAGAACUACUUCAGUGAAUCACUGUCCUGUGGGUUCAAGAUGUGUCGGUUUCAACAUGUACCUCUGGAAGGCGACGAGAAGUUUUGUAUUGAAACUGUGAUACGCUUCUCCAAAAAUCUAAUGUGUCUACAGAAAGCAGGGGCUGUGUUUACAGGCUACUACCAGAACAACCCACCAGGAGUAUACUUCUCCAUGCCAGUAUUGCUGUCACUCCUCUGGGCUCUGCUCAAAGCCAGCAUGCUGCCUGAUGUCUUCUCAGUCCUCAGUGUCAGCUUGACCCACAAGUUAGUGCCCAACCAUGAGUUCCUGCUGGCCCUCUUUAACUUUGUCAGAGAGAAGGGUCUGAUGGGCUUUGUACCCGAGCUUCUGCGGCUCACGUUCAAGAUUGCCAGUGCAGGUCUAGAGCUGAAUCUGGACUGCCUUGACUGUGUAAAAAAUACUCCUGAGUUCCAGCAGAUAGUGCGUCCAGCUGCAAGUGUUUCAGUGUCUGUCAACCACAAGUUAUCCACCAGUGCACCCUGUCCAGAGUUCCUUUAUUUGGUCCACUCCAUUGUGGAACUAGAGCUUUGUGCCAAGCAAGAGGACUGGAGGCGGAUGGGGGAGGUUUUCAGGUCCAUCUGCCAGUUCAAGCAGCAUCCCAACCAAGUGGAGCGAAUCAGCGGCCGCAUUGCCAUAGCACUCCUGUGUGAGAGCAGAGACAAGCUGUCACUGCCCUUCGCUACCUUUGCUGAGACAGUGUGUCAGAAUGAAGCAGAGGACAGUAUGAUAAGGAGCUUUUUAGGAAGAAUUGGAGUCUCACUCAUGUUAAGAUACCACAAAACCCAUCAGUGGGCCAAGGGUCGGAGGGUGGUGGAGGUCUUAAGUUCAAAAGUCACAUACUCAACACUGAAGGGAUUGUUUGGGAAUGAGGAUAGGGCUUCACGCUGCUACCUGGUCACUGUGGCUACCGAGCUCUUCCUCCUGAGUGGCAGCGUGGAAGGAGCUCUAAACACACUCCGAGAAAACAAAUGGUUCCUGUGUUCAUCCUCAUGGCCAUGUGAGCCUGCUGAUCUGGAGAGUAGGAGCUGUGUCUUGAUGCAUCUGUCUGAGAAAACGUCUCACAGAGACACGCUGGAGGUUCUCUGUAAUCUGCCUGGGAUUAAAGAGCCAAACAACUUGAUAGAUGUCUCCAGGUACAGUCCUCUGUUUAACUCUCAUCUCCAAGUGUGUGUGGACAAACAAAUCCUCCUUGUAGCAUCCAAAACAGUGGAAAUCAUGCUCUCUAAACACCUGUCAGUGGACCAUGCACUGCUGCAGACACUUCUACAGAAAAUGGGCAAGCAAAACCACUGGCUCCAUGCGCGAGAAGUCUUCAGAUACUCUCUGAAUAUGGGGUACUACCCGGGCAUAUCAGCUCCCUCUGGUUCCAUGGCGCUGGUUGUCCCCUGUCGACUAGAGGAGGUGGAGUUGGCUCUCACCUUUGAGAUGUUCAUCACUGUCAACGCGAUGGCCAUUCUACAACUUUCAGAGACCACCACUUCCUGCCUCAGCAUCACACUGAAACGGACUCAAAGCAGUGAGAGCGAAUACCUCUCUGCUGGUAGCCGCCUCCUCGCUGCAGCUUCCAUCCCCCAGCCCAAAUUAACUGUGCACUACACAGCAGCUAACUCCUUACAGGACCAAACUUUCACACUUGACAUUCCCUCGGCUCGGCGAUGGCUCCGCUACAAUCACUCAUGGGCCAGUGAGACGUGGAAACUGUGAACCAAAUGGUUACACUACCGCAGUUCCUGUGGUGUUUUUCUCUUAAAACAGGUUAUGUUAUACAGUCAUCGGCUGAAUCUUGGGAAAACAGCCAAUGAAAUUAGGAAAACGAAAGCUAGUGUAUUUCUGUUUCCGGCACUAAUGGUAGUAUUUUAUUAAGAAGCAGAAAAUGUUUCAGUCACCACUGAAGCCUGUUACCAGAACCAGUUUGUUUUUACCAUCCUAAGAAAACACUUUUGUUGACUUUUGUUUUAAAAUGUUUUUUUUGUUCCCUCUUGAUUUCUCAGCUCUUGUAAUUGUCACUGUUUGUGUCAUUUCCUGUUGGAAAUAAUGGCUCUGUUAUGGAACAGAGUCCAGCAUAAAUUUGUAGCGUUCUUACAAAUACUGUGCUUUGUUUACUUAAUUGUAAACAUCAGAGUGUAAAUAUGUAUAUAUUUAUAAUGGUGUUUAGUCUUUGACAAUAAUGUUACUGUAUUAUAUUUCUGACUGGUGCCAGUUCAGGAGGUGUGAUUUACAUUUUCUUUUGAUGUUUUUUUUUAUUUAAAAAGUAUAGCUUUCUAGUGAAUCUUGUCAACAGGAAAAUGAGAGCUGGAAAAUAUUUUCUGGGAUUUUUAAUUUUAUUGAGCCUUUGUUGUACCAGUAAACUCCUCACUGAGAAUAAAAAUCUCUUUUUCAAAAGUAUCCCAGCCUGGCUAAGACAGGCAGCAACAAAGUUUCAGAACAGUACCAUAAAUACGAGAAUAUAAUGGGUUGUUAAAAUACACUGUUGGCACUUUAUUAGGAACACUUAGCUAAAACUAAGUCAACUGUAUGAUCAUUUUUAGAGGCUGUAAUUUGUAUUUCUGUUAACGUGUAUUCCACUGUACAGAGAGCUGCUUCUGUUCUUUAGCCUCGAUUAAACAAUGGA